UUUUUAUUUCCUGGUAGUCACCUUCAGCACAUGGAACCAGGGAAUGAUACACGAAUUUCAGAAUUUGUUCUCCUUGGAUUAUCAAAGGAACAAGAAUUGCAACCUCUCAUAUUUGGCCUUUUCCUUUCCAUGUACCUGAUCACUGUGUUUGGAAACCUGCUCAUCAUUCUGGCCAUCAGCCUAGACCCUCACCUCCACACACCCAUGUACUUCUUCCUCUCCAACUUGUCCUUUGCAGAUGUCUGUUUUAUCUCUACCACCAUCCCAAAGAUUCUACAGAAUAUAAGGACACAGAGCAAAGUAAUAACCUAUGAAGGCUGCAUCACCCAGAUGUAUCUUUUCAUACUUUUUGCAACAUUGGACAUGUUCCUCUUGACUGUCAUGGCCUAUGACCGCUUCGUGGCCAUCUGUCACCCCCUCCACUACACAUUCAUCAUGAAACUCUGGCUCUGUGGACUGUUAGUUCUGGUGUCCUGGAUCAUGAGUGCUCUGAAUUCCUUGAUACAAAGUGUAAUGGUGUUGUGGCUGACCUUCUGUACAAACCUGGAAAUCCCCCACUUUUUCUGUGAAAUUAAUCAGGUGGUUCAACUUGCCUGUUCUGACACCUUUCUUAAUGAGAUGUUGAUGUAUUUUGCAUCUGGGGUGUAUGGUGGCAUUUCCCUCACUGGAAUUCUAUAUUCAUAUUCUAAGAUAGUUUCCUCUAUACUAAGAACUUCAUCAGCUCAGGGAAAGUAUAAAGCAUUUUCCACCUGUGCAUCUCACCUCUCAGUGGUCUCCUUAUUUUAUUGUACAGUCUUGGGAGUGUAUCUUAGCUCUGCUGCUACUCACAGCUCACAGUCAAGUGCAACAGCCUCAAUGAUGUACACCGUGGUCACACCCAUGCUGAACCCCUUCAUCUACAGUCUGAGGAACAAAGACAUAAAGAGUGCUUUGAAAAGAAUCAUUGGGAUGGCAUUUACAUAG